CUCCCAUCCAUCCUUCAGUCUCCCAUUCACACAACAACCUGGCUGUUUGGGUUGUCACUGAAAAUGGAGUCCAUGCAGCGUCUUAACUUCACCAACUCUUCCCCUGCCAGUUACCCAGACAAGGAAUAUGAAAAUAAAAUUUUCCACUUAAAGAAAAUAUUGAUCAUAAUGUGUUUCAGCAUAACAUUUGUUUUGGGAACGGUGGGCAAUGGACUGGUCAUAUGGAUCACUGGAUUCCGAAUGAAAAAGACAGUUAAUGCCAUUUGGUUUCUCAACCUUAGCAUUGCCGACUUUUCUUUCUGUCUUUUUAUUCCUCUCAACAUAUUGUAUUUGGCACUGGAUUACCAUUGGCCCUUAGGACAGAUAUUGUGCAAAGUCACAGGUACUAGCCUUCACCUAAACAUGGCCGUCAGUGUCUUUUUCUUAAUGACCAUCAGUGUGGAUCGUUGCAUCUCUGUUCUGUGCCCUGUAUGGUCAAAAAAUCAUAGAUCUGUAAAGUUAGCUAGGAACAUCUCAAUGAUAAUCUGGCUCUUGUGCUUGGCCCUCAACUCUCCUUAUGUUGCUUUUUAUGAUAUUGAGCACAAACCAAACAGUAAUAUUACUUAUUGUAUAGACACAUAUGCAGCCCGUAAAAACACAACUUUCUUUGAUCACCAGACAAGGCAUCAUAGGCGUAAAGUUAUGUAUGUCACCAGAUUUAUAUCAAUGUUCCUGAUCCCAUUUCCCGUUAUCCUUGUUUGCUAUGGGCUCAUUGCAUUCUGGAUUAGAAAAAGCAGCAACCGCCUUGGGUCCAGGCGAACAUUUAAAAUCAUUGUUACAGUUGUCCUUUGUUUCUUUUGCUGCUCGUUUCUUUUUUAUUUGUGGCCUCUCCUCAAAUUUAUGGGGUUUGACCUAAACCGGAUCUUUGAUGCUAUAAUGCAUAAUGCUGCACUUUGCUUGAUUUAUUUUAACUGUUGCCUCAAUCCAAUAAUCUAUGUUUUUGUUGGCCGAGAAUUUAAAAGAUCCCUAAGGAAGUCAAUCCCAUUUCUUCUAGAAAGCGCAUUCAGAGAGAAAAGUGACCCUCUUCAAGCACAUGACAACUCUGCUGUAGGAAAUGAGCUGAUGCCAUGCCAUGCUUGAUGUGCUACAAUGCAAGUUAUACAAAAAUGCUUCUGCUUCAUCUGAUUC